AUGGUCUGCUGUGUUACUGGAGCUGGCGUUAUUGCUCUUUUGUUUAUCGCCUAUAAGUUUAUCAAUAUUUUGCUUAGAAUUCUGGGACCAUAUGUCUUUUGCAAACCAAUUGAUUUGAAGAAACAAGCAGGAGCUAACUGGGCAGUGGUGACUGGAGCAACGGACGGAAUUGGAAAAUCCUAUUGCUUUGAGCUUGCUAAACGUGGAUUCAACAUCUAUCUCGUCUCCAGAACUCAGUCGAAGCUUGAGCAGACCAAAAAAGAAAUUCUCCAAAAGCAUGCAAACAUUGAAGUGAAAAUUGCAGUGUUUGAUUUCAAAAAUCCUUCUCCAGCUGACUAUCGAAAGAUUCUAGCUAAACUUAAUGAAGUAGAAGUUGGAAUAUUGAUCAACAAUGUUGGAAUGUUUUUCGAGUACCCCGAUAUCAUUCAUAGAAUUGCCGGAGGAAUCGAUAGUUUGGCAGAUGUGACAACAGUGAACACGUUGCCUCCAACUUUGCUCUCCGCUGGAGUUCUGCCACAAAUGGUGUCUCGUCGUGCUGGAAUCGUGGUCAAUAUCUCAUCGGGAGCGGGAGCAAUUCCAAUUCCACAAAUGUCGAUUUAUUCAGCUGCAAAGAAGUACAUCACCUGGCUCACUGCAAUUCUCCGCAAAGAAUACGGCCACCAAGGAAUCAUUUUCCAAACCAUCGCUCCACACAAAGUGUCCACAAAUAUGUCAGGAAAUCCCGAUACUUCAUUCUUCUGUCCUGACAGUGAUUCGUUUGCCAAAUCUGCACUGAACACAAUUGGAAACUCAUCUGAGACAACUGGAUACAUCACUCAUCAAUUGGAACUUGAACUGAUGACUCUUCUCCCCGAGUUCCUUCUCAACGAUUUUAUUUCCAAAACAGGAGACAGCAUUCGUAAAACUGUUCUUUCUAGAAAGGAGAAAUCGCAAUAG